AAGGCCUGAACCAAUAUGGAUGUUAUACCUUGCAUCAGAAGUAUAGCACCAACACCUAAUUAGCUCUCUCCUGAGCCCAAAGUCACUGAGCCCAACUCUCCCUUCAUGAUGCAGUGUGUGGUUUGAGUGAUAUAACAUUAAGCUCAAGGUGGUUGAGUCUCAAGCAGUAGGGAGGCGGAAGCAAGCCAUGGGAGCUCCAUGCCCACUGAUCCCACGGGACUCACUGAAGACACCGGAACUGUACUUGCAGUGUUGGGUUUUAAUGCACUCUGUAUUGUGGCUAUUUGUUUAACUCCUGAAGUGUAGACUGUGGGGAGACGAGGGGUGGGUAGGGACACAGAAAUGUAAAGUAGUGGGGGGCAAUACUGAGGAAAUCAAAUAAUGGCAAAAUAUUUUGUUGUUGAUUUUAUAUAUCUGGAAAUGAUCAGAAUUGUAUCAGAAAUUGCUAUAAAAGCAAUAUUGCAUGCAUUUAUUAUAUAUCACUAGAUAUGUCUCCCCUCAGCUAGCUCGCUUUCUCAGUUUGAUGAGUUUGUGAGUACCAUUUUAAAUCACAUUCAUUUUGAUUAUUGAAUCAAGUUUUGGACCCAGGUAUGUUAAGUAUUCCAGUCAGUCACUUACAUGUUUUGAGUAUGGUUAAAUACAUAGUCACAGGUAUAGUUUAGUGAGGACUAGUGGGGAGGCAGUCCCAUUUGUGGGAUCCUACCCCCCUCCUGGAUAUUUUUGCUUCCAUUAUUUCAAUGGCUAUAUGGUCCUUUCUCUCCCCUCUUCGUGUGUGUGUUACAGCACCCGGAUAGCAAGAUGAUGCAGAUCAACCUGACGGGCUUCCUGAAUGGGAAGAAUGCCCGGGAGUUCAUGAGGGACCUGUGGCCCCUGCUGCUGAGUGCCCAGGAGAACAUUGCUGGCAUCCCCUCUGCUUUUCUGGAACAGAAGAAGGAGGAAAUAAAACAGAGACAGAUUGAACAGGAGAAGCUAGCUUCUCUGAAGAAGGUCGACGAGGAUAAGAAGGAAAAGGACAACAGAGAGAGGGCUCAGUCAAAAAGCCCAAGGAGGCGGAAGACAAGGUCACCAUCACCACGGCGAAGGUCGCCAGUGAAGCGGGAAAGGAAACGUAGUGCCUCUCGGUCCCCAAGGCGCAAACCCAGUCCAGUUGUUAGCAGUUCACCACCUCCACCCCUGAUGCAGCUGCCCACGAAACCUAUGGAGCAGCUUGUGGAGCCAAAUACAUUAGCAGGAGCUCUUCCAGAACCAGUCAUCCAAGAAACUCCUUCCACCUGUGACACAGUGGUGGAUGUGGUGAAACCAGAUCCAGUGACUGAAGUCAAAGAACCUUCGCCAGAGAAGCCUCUUAAGAAAGAAGAAAGGCCCAAGUCCCGGGAAAGGGAGAAGGACGGCAGGAGGGAGAGACCUCACCACCGCUCUCGUUCUCAUUCCCGCACUCGCAGGCGACGCUCCCGUUCUAGAUCUUACUCCCCACGUAGAAGACCGAGUCCCCGGAGGAGGAUGUCUCCUCGUCGAAGGAGCCCCCCCAGACGUGGCCCCACCAGCACCAGACACAGACAUAGACGCUCCCCUGUCCGCAGGAGGCGCUCUCGCUCUGCUUCUUCCUCUGGCAGCAGCUCCUCCAACUCUCGCUCACCUAAAAAAGCAAUGAAACCAAUAUCUAACACGCCACCCAGAAAACAGCUCCAGCAUCCUGACAACGCCAUGAGCCCUGCCGGGAAGGACAGACGAUCACCAUCUCCACGGGCCAGAAGGGGCAGAGGCUCUGCAUCACCAGCCAGAUCAUCUGGUUUAAAGCGUAAACCAGGAGGAAGGAGUGAUUCUCCAUCUGAUAAUAAUAAGCCCAGACCAUCUGAAGGGUCUGAGUCAGAGGAGGAUAAAAAUGACAAAGGGGCAACAGCAGAUUCCGUGCAGCAGCGACGUCAGUAUCGCAGGCAGAAUCGACAGUCGUCUUCAGAUACAGGGUCUUCCUCAUCUGACGAGGGGACCAAGAGGCCAACAGCAGGGCCCGGGGCCAAAAAUGGGGAAGUCAGGAGGAGACGCAGCCGUACACCUUCACCACGGAGGCGACACAGAGAUGGCUCUCCAAGGAAAAGACGUUCUCCAUCUCCUGGACGCAGACGUCGCACCCCGUCUCCCCCACGGCGUCGCAGAUCUCCCUCUCCUCCUAGACGAAGGUCUCCUUCCCCACCUCCACGUCGUCGUUCUCCAUCCCCCAGACGAUAUUCUCCACCUAUCCAGCGUCGCUACAGCCCCUCACCUUUGCCUCUACAGAAGAGGAAGAUGUCCAGCUCUCCCCCAAAACGCUCUUCUCCAGGGGCCAAGCGACGCCCCUCCAGGUCCCCCAAGCGCAGAAGUUCUCCUCCUCAAAGGAGACGCACGCCUCCAUCCUCAUCUCCACCCAGACACAGGAGGAGCCCCAUGUUGCCUUCUGUCAGACCAAGCAGGGAUACACGAUCCCCUCUCGCAGCAGCCAGCCGCCUUUCCCCGUCCCCUGCAAACCGCGGUCGCACUGUUAGGGGUUCCACCAGUCCUCAGGGACGUUUUGAAAACUCCAAUACAUCUCCAUCUAACCAGCGGAGACAGCAGUCUCCUUCACACAGUGGAAAACCCAUCCGCAGAGUGUCCCGCACCCCAGAGCCACGCAACAACCAGAGACCUUCUCCAAGUCCCCAACCUAUGAGGAGAGCAUCCUCCAGAUCCAGAUCUGUUUCGCCUCAACCAGCAGCUCAGAAACGUCCAGUCCCUGCAUCUGCCUCCCCCUCACCGUCUCGCUCAGCCAGUGGGUCUCCACCACCAGCCAAAAAGGCCAGCAGUGGUUCCGGCAGCCAAUCCCCAAGCAAGAAUUCCGAUGUUGACGGCAGUGGAAAGAAGAAGAAAAAGAAGAAGGAAAAGAAACAUAAGAAGGAGAAGAAGCACAAGAAGCACAAGAAGCAUAAGAAGGAGAAGAGUGGUGGCGCUGUGACUGGAGAGGGACCAGAAAACCACGGCGUAGAGGAGGAUGGAGAGUCAAGAAAGGAAUCAGAUAGUGAAGUAGAGGACAGCUUGGACGACCUGGAGAAGCACCUAAGAGAGAAGGCCCUCCGAUCCAUGAGGAAGGCCCAGCUAUCUCCAUCCCAGAUGUCCUGAAAAUGAGGGGCUUUCUCACUUUUGAAUUUUCCACUCACUCUUGAUGUUUGUCAUCAACCUGGUUCAGCUUUAGAAUGUACAAAUUGUUAAAUCUCAAGUCUUUUUUUGUUUUUCUUUUUACUGGUUUGGUACAUUCUGAAGAGCGUGUUUCAUUAAGAGCUUGAUUUGUCAGUUAGUGUAUUAUCUUAACUGUAAAGAAGCUUGUGUUGUCCAUAAAUUUAAAUUGUUGAGCAGGGAAACUGUUUGAGUUGGGCAGGUUUAAGAUAUUUUCCACAGCAUACAAUAGAUUCCAUUGAGAAAUGAUUGCAUGUGCAGUGAUCGUCUCUGAUUUGCAUGAACCACUGACCUUAUGGAGUGUAGAGAAAAAACCAACAUACAGUAACAUACUGUUACUAAUGCCUUUUAUUAGUGGAAGCGGUUGCACAGCUGUGUGAACUGUCAGAGGCCGUAACAGAAUGUCUUGUCCCAUAUUGUAACUUAAGAGAGGUGUUUAGCAACGUUUAACCUGCUGUUUUUUCUGACUUCGAAAUUGUCUUGUUUUAAGACUAGACCAACCUGGUGUGAUUCAGAGUAUGCUUUAAUUUUUCCAAAUGGAUUGAUAUGCAAUUUUAUGUUGACACCCUUGCAACAAGCUCAUCUCUGUGGGACUGCUCUAUAAUUUGUAUUUAGUACCCCCUGGCUCGUGUAAUCUUGUCAUCCUUUCAGAAUAAAACCUUUUUAUAGGACGUGUGCUUUCCUUCAUGUUAA